UCGGAAAGGCACCAAAAGCCUCUUCCGCAUCCUGCCAUUGCUUUCCAAUAGGCAAGCAAAGACGCCUUUUCAUCCAAUAUUGUAUACAAGUUGUGCACCCAACACACCGUUUACAAACAUUUUCAGUCUACAGGUACGCGGAAAUCAUUUUGUAAGAAUGAACUGAAUUUAUCAUGUAAAUGGUCUGUGCCUUUAAGCUGCGAACAGGUCUUGUGUGGUUGCGUGGUUGUGUGUGCACGCCUGUGUGCAUGAGAAAGAGAGCAGGGGAGAGGGAGAGAGAGUGUGUGUGUGCAUAUAUCUGUUUAUGUAUGGCCAGUUCCACUUCUUUAUAUACGGCAACUUUGGCAGUGUUAUCUCUUUUGCUGGUCUUUGGAGCACAAAGAAAAUCAGAUGAAAAUGAUUUUUGGUUUAGGGUAGUUUUGUGCCAGCAAAGCUUUGGGGAUCAAGUAAUAUUGAGAUUAAAUACACUAAUAAAACUUUCUCCAGAUGAAUCGGUCACCCUCAAUUUACCAUAUACUUGGCUAACUGGCCUCAUUUAGUUGAUCAACACAUCACUAAAUAUCGAUAAUAAUUAGAAAGUGGAUUUGUUGUUGUGAUGUUAGAUUCUUUAUACUGUUAUAUUAACCAAGGCUUGUUGGUUUAGCCAUGGGUCUGGUCAUAUGUAAUGCUAACCCUAGUUUUUUUCUGCUGGGUGAUUAAAAAACAUGGUAUCUUUUCUGGUCCUUGGGUUGUUUGCUUCCCUCUUCCUUCACCUGUAUUCCAACUGCUUUUGCAGCAUUAAAGUACUUACAUGCAAAGCGGCUGGAGGGUCUUUCCCACUCUUGCCUGCUGCCUCUGUAGCCUGGCAAAAGAAUCCAUGAAUAACCCACAAUGAUGAGUUCACAUUUAAUGACAACCUAUGGUUUAAAUAGCUGACAGUUCACAACCCAACAAAAAUUGGGUUCUCUUUGUGAGAUAUUCAUGGGUUCAGAUAAUAUUUCUGAGUUCACAUAUAACCACAAACCACAAUUCAACUGAAAAUGGUUUAAUUUAAUGACUUGCUAUUACUUGAAAACCAGGUCAAGAAUCAUUGUGCAUAUGCAUAAACAAACUGUGGCUUGUUUUUCCUGCUUCUGGCUUGUUUCUCUCCCAUCCAUUUUGCCAACCCUCUGGGCAAUUUUCAUUUUCAUGCUUCUUUUGCUGGGCACUUCUGUUUCAGGUAGGGUAACAACACAAACAAGCCAGGUAUAAGCCACAGUUCUGGGUUCAGACAUUAAAACAAGCCAGUUUUCAUAAACCAUUAACAACCCAUGGUUUCUCCAUCAGUUUCCAGCUGGUUAACAAACAGUGGUUUCAUUGUAGGGAUGAGUUCGGACAUGACAACAAGCCAGAUUCAGCAAAUCACACCAUGGUUUAGGGUUCAUAGAAUCAUAGAAUAGUAGAGUUGGAAGGGGCCAAGAAGACCAUCAGAUCUAACCACUUGCUCAAUGUGAUUUCAUGUGACUUAAAAUCACAUGAACCCAUAAAUCUUCCAAUAAAAGGCUUUUUAUGUAUUAUGCACUGUCCAAAAAGUUCCAAAAAUUCGGGAAAAUACUGGGCAACAUGCGAAAAUGUUUGAUUAUUUUUAAUCAAACAUUAGAAUUCCUAAGUUCAGAUUUCUUUCAUUGUGUGUGUGCUCAUACCGUGGAUUGACACAGAGAAAAAUUAAUCUUAUGAAAGUAGUUUUAACAGACAUGCUGGUCAUAGGGAUUCUUUUGAAUAGAGAGCAGCCACUUUUACAGAGGGAAGGGAUAAAAAGAAAGGACUUCCCUAAAUGAGUCACGUUGUAUAAAAAUCCUUAUAGUUUUAGUUAGUAACAUAUACUACCUGGAAAGUAUAUUACUGUUUGAGUUGAAAUUCCCUUAGUUCCUGGUAAACUGAAUCAAGUUUACUUAUAUACUGAUCACUGUAACUCACUAUAGUUUUCAUAGCAGAAUAAAAUGUGGCAUGUGACCUGAUAUGAAUUUCAGUAAAAAUAGGUAGUGAUGCCUGUGGAUUGACAGAGCAGGACAUUCCAUUCAAACACCAAGAAACGGUGAGGAUGAAAUUUAGUGACAGUGUAGAUUGAUUGGUUGGUUGGUUGGUUGAUUGUUUUGUUGAACACUAGAUAAAGAAACAACUGUAUUUAUAAAAUCAGAUAUAGCAUGGAAAUGCAAACAUAACAGAGCGUUGUGCAAUUACUGACUAAGACGCCGAGUGUCGCUGUUCACCAACCAAGCUAAGAAAUGCGAUGAGCAAUUCGGCCUUCCCGAAUCAGCAUUUUCAGGGCUGAAUAAGCUGAGACAUCAGCCACUUCCCAAAAUUCCUGCACCGGGAACCUCAGCUGCAAGGCAGCCUCCUUGGACAGGGUUCCUUUGCCAUUUAUGGCACCUUUCGGGUGAAUCUCCUUAGUGGAUUCUCAGAAAGAAGGCAUGGCAAGAGCAAAAGGGAGACAGGAAACCAAAGGCAAGAUCACAAUGAAAACCUGCAGAAGGGGAGUUGCCUGCUUCUUUCUCCUGGUGAACAUCUGCCAAGCUGCUGCCAAGCAGGUCCAUUACUCCAUUCCCGAGGAAACCGAGAGAGGCUUUUUCGUGGGCAAUAUUGCACGAGAUCUGGGGCUGGACGCAAAGGAGCUCUCGGGCCGCGGGAUCCGCAUUGUUUCCCCAGGUAGGACCCCCUACUUUGCUCUGAAUUACCGGAAUGGCCAUCUGCACACCACGGAGAGGAUAGACAGAGAGCAGAUCUGUGGCCAGAUGCAGAAGUGUGUCUUGGAAUUCGAGGUGAUCAUUGGGGCUUCUAUGAAAAUUUAUGGCGUCGGCGUUGAAAUCACAGAUAUCAACGAUCAUGCCCCCACCUUCCAGUCAGAGAAACUGGUGCUAAAUGUCAGUGAGAACACUGCCGUGGGGUCCCAGUUUCCCCUCCUGGAAGCUCAAGAUCCGGAUCUGGGAAACAAUUCCCUGCAGGGAUACAAACUCAGCAGCAGCAGCUAUUUCUCUCUGGUUCUGAAAACAUCAGUUAAAGGCAAACAAUUUGCAAAACUAGUAUUGGAAAGACCGCUAGACCACGAGGAGGAAAAAGUUCAUCACCUCAUCCUUACAGCAUAUGAUGGCGGUAGCCCUGUCAGAAGUGGCACAACUGAGAUUCAAAUUUCCGUCCUGGAUGUGAAUGACAACGCACCCAUUUUUAGCCAGCCGCUCUACGAAGUGACUGCUAGGGAGGGUUUGUCAUUAGGGACCACGGUGGUUACGCUGAAUGCCACUGACCUGGAUGAAGGAACCAACAGAGACCUGAGGUAUUCAUUUGCAAAAAGCACGGGGAGCGCUGCAGAAAAAUUCCACCUGGAUGAAAACACAGGGGAGGUAACCCUUAGAGGAAGCUUGGACUAUGAGGACUCCACCCACUAUGAAAUUCAGGUCCAGGUCCAGGAUGGCGGCGGACUCUCGGACAGGUCGACGCUCACGGUGUUUGUCACUGAUGUCAACGAUAAUGCCCCCAAACUGGAGAUCACGUCACUGAUCGGCUCCAUCCCCGAAAACUCCCCACCAGCCACAGCGAUAGCCCUCGUACAUGUGCAAGACCGAGACUCGGCAGAGAACGCGGAAGUCACCUGCUCCAUCCCCAGCCACCUCCCCUUCCAACUGGCAAAGUCCUACAAUAAUUAUUACAAUUUGCUGACGACGAGAGUGCUAGACAGGGAGCAGGUGGCCACCUACAACGUCACCGUCACAGCCACGGACCACGGGACGCCCCCGCUCUCCACGUCACUCAGCAUCCCCCUGGAGAUCCUGGACACGAACGACAAUCCGCCCCACUUCCUGCAAUCGGUUUAUGUUUCUUACCUGAUGGAGAACAACCCCAGAGGGGCCUCCAUAUUGUCCCUGGAGGCAGAAGAUCCAGACUGGGCAGAAAAUUCCAGAAUAACUUUCUCCAUCUUGGAGGGAAAGCUCAAUGCCUCCCCAGUAUCUUCCCACCUCUCCAUUAACUCUGAGACAGGCGUUGUUUAUGCGCUGCACUCCUUCGAUUAUGAAGAGGUUCGGGAGAUCAGCUUCCGGGUGAAGGCCCAGGACGGGGAAGCACGCCCCUUCCUGGAGAAGGACGCCCUGAGGCAGAGCCUGGUGGUCUUGUUGAAGGACAAUGGGCAGCCUCCCCUCUCUGCCUCCGUCACGGUCACCGUCGUGCUGGCCGACAGCAUCCCCGAGGUCCUCUCAGACCUGGGCGGCAUCUCCGCUCCCGCGGAUGCCCAGCCUGACCUCACCUUCUACCUGGUGCUCGCGGUGGCUUUUGUGUCCUGCUUGUUCUUUGCCUUCCUCCUGGUGCUGCUGGCUUUGAACGUUCACAAGUGGAGACAUUCUCGGCUGCAGGAUUGUGGGAACAUGACUUCUAACGGUGUUCCAGCUCCACCGUUUGUAGGGCUUGACACGGUGAGGGCUGUUCUUCAUUCCUACUGCCAUGAGGUCUGCCUGACUGCAGACUCCAGGCACAGCCAUUUCCACCUUCCCAAGGGCUGCUCGUGCAGUACGUUCUCCAGUCAGAAGCCCCAUGGAAGAAGGGAUCCCUUUCUCGCUGCUGAAGGUGCUACUUGCAGGAAUGGCAACCCAUCAGGCAUUCAGGUGAUCAGUUCAUCUUCCACUCAGGAAGUCUGCGUUUCCCGUUGGAUGUUCCUGCCAUGAAUUGCACAUGUUGAUGUUGCAAAGAAAUGGCACACAAGAUAAGUUGCAGUCAUUUUGUUCAAUCUACGGGUGGUUUGUGCGGGGAUUAGUUCCCAGGCCUUUAUUUUGUUUCUGUAUUUGGUUCAUCACUGGUCCCUUGGACGCUUCUUUUGUUAGUUGAUAUUCUGGGGUGACUUUCUCUCAGAUGCAAGUACAUGAGGGAAAUCUGGAGUUUCCCAAAACUGAGUGCAGUAAUGCAUCUUCCUCCAAGUUUGUGUCCGAAAUAGUCUGUCUCCCCUCAUGAAGAUAAGCACCCCUUUUUACUGAGCGGGACUCCU